CUUCUUCUUCUUCUUCUUCUUCUUCUUCUUCUUCUCCCUCCCCCGAUCCCCCCUUUUAUCCUCCUGUUUCUGCUCCUCCUUUUGCCCUUCUUCCUCCUAUCUCUGCUCUGGCUUCGACUCCUCAACCUCCAGCUUCUGCUUCUCUCUCUUCUCAUCGUCUUGCUCCUGCUCAUUCUUCUCCUCUUCCUGCUCCCCCUGCUCCUCUUGCUCCUGGUUCUACCCCUUCUCAUCCUCCUACUUCAUAAUCAUUUUCUUCUCCUUUCUUCCUCUUCCUCCUUUCCUUAA